UUUUCUUGUGGCAGUUCCUUCUAUCUAUUUUGAAAAACGAACAAGUCUUUUGGACUUGUCCUCAUCGACAUCUGCGGACUGCGGUUCAUUUCAUUUGAUCACUCUCUCUCUCUCUCUCUCUCUCUCUCUCUCUCUCUCUGUAUUCAAAAACCCUAAACCCAAAUCUUCAUCUCUUUCUCUUUGGUUGAAGCGUGAAUUAGGAAUUGGGAAUUGGGGGAUGGAGUUGGAGGUGAGGUUGGUUGGGGGAAUAGAGAAUUGCUUCGUAUCGCUCCCUUUUCCUCUUGUCCAAACUCUCGACUCCUCUUCCGCUCAUCUCCUCACCCUCGAGCUUCGCUCUCGUACCGGCCACCGCUGGUUCGUCGCCUGGUCCGGCGCCACCUCCACUUCCUCCUCCUCCGCAAUUGAGGUCUCCCAACAAUUCGCAGAAUGCAUUUCACUGCCAGAUCGUACCGCAGUUCAAGUUCGAGCCAUUUCCAAUGUGGCAAAGGCUACUCUAGUUACUAUAGAACCCCAUAGUGAGGAUGAUUGGGAGGUUUUGGAACUUAACUCUGAGCAUGCAGAGGCAGCUAUAUUGAACCAGGUCAGGAUCGUCCAUGAAGCAAUGAAAUUUCCUUUGUGGUUGCAUGGUCGCACUGUCACUACAGUCCGUGUGGUUUCAACCUUUCCCAAGAAAGGGGUGGUGCAACUUGUGGCAGGAACUGAAGUUGCAGUUGCUCCUAAGAGACGCAAGAAAAAUGGGAAUGCACAUGAAGGUCCUUACAUGCAAUCUUCUAUUAAAGAACAUCCUUUUGCAAGGGCACUAUUGCGCAUUCAAGAUCCAGACAGGAGAUUUAUUCACAAAAGUUAUGUUAAUGGUUUUGAGCUUGGUGUAGUGCUCACUUCUGUUGCUUUUAUUCACCCAGAAACUGCUCAAAGCUUCUCAUUAGAUUCUCUUCAGUUUGUUGUUAUAAUUCCAAGAUCAUCAUCAGAAGAAAGCUCAAAAAAUUCUGAUAAUGAUUCCUUUAGAAAAAGAAGCAGUUCACCUCCAGCGAACAGUGGAAAUUUAACUGAAAAGAAGAAAAUCCGUCAAGCAGUUGUUCAUCUUUUAACUUCAGAAUCGGUGGCUAAAGGACAUGUAAUGUUUGCAAAGUCUCUUCGUUUGUAUUUGGGAGUUGGAUUGCAUUCAUGGGUUCACCUAAAGGGAUGUGAUGUUAAUUUGAAGAAGGAUAUCCCAUCUCUUUCACUUUCUCCUUGCCACUUUAAGAAGCUCAGGAAGAAUAAAGCUCUCGAGGAAAAUGGUCUAGAAGUGCUUGACAGCCAACACAGUCGCGAGGUAAAAAACAUGCUUCUGAAAACUAGCUCAGGCAACAAUGUGGAUCAUGUAGAUUGGUCAACCCAUGAUGAAGUUAUUGCUGCUCUUUCAUAUGAAUCUUCUUGUGAAGAGGAUGGGGAGGCUGCUUGUCAGUCCAACGGUGGAAAGGGAUUACAAGCACUUCUUCAGGCAUGGUUUCUUGCACAAGUCGAUGCCAUUGCUUCAAAUAAAGGAUCAGAAGUUAGUUCAUUAUUUUUGGGAAAUGAAACUUUGCUUCAAUAUGAGUUGAAAUGUUUCAAGCAGGGGAUUCAUGGAAUGGUACUGGCUUCAUCCAAUGGUUCUUUGGAAGACGGAAAUAAGACUACCGACCUGCUCAUCGAUGUAUCGUAUUUAUUGAUUAUUUCUGAUGAAUCUCUUCAAGGUGGAAGAGUUAAUGCAUAUGAGAUUGCUUUUGAUCAAAGGAACAAUAGUUUGGAGGGUGCCCUUCAAAAUCUGAAUUUGAGGAACCCUGUCUCCGUCUAUUCUGUCCAAAAGAGAACCUCUGACAAAGACAUUAGUUCAGAUCUAUCUUCCUUGAGCUGGAUGGGGACAGCUGCAUCUGAUGUUAUUAAUAGGAUGGUGGUGUUGUUAUCCCCCUCUUCUGGGAUGUGGUUCAGUUCUUAUGAUCUUCCUCUCCCUGGACAUGUUCUAAUAUAUGGACCUACAGGUUCUGGAAAGACAUUAUUAGCAAGAGCUGUUGCAAAAUCCCUGGAAGAUCAUGAAGACCUUUUAGCACACAUCGUUUUUGUAUGUUGCUCUCGUCUUGCUUUAGAAAAGGCCUCCACCAUUCGACAAGAACUUUCCAGCCACAUAUCUGAUGCUUUAGAUCAUGCACCAUCAAUUAUCAUCUUUGAUGAUCUUGACAGCAUCAUUUCUUCUUCUUCUAAUUUGGAAGGAUCUCAACCGUCAACCUCUGUUCUUGCAUUAAUGGAAUUUCUAACGGACAUUAUGGAUGAAUAUGGGGAAAAGAGGAAGAGCUCAUGUGGAAUUGGUCCUAUUGCCUUCAUAGCUUCUGUCAAGUCACUAGAGAAUAUACCGCAAUCAUUGAGCUCUUCAGGAAGGUUUGACUUCCAUGUUCAACUUCCUGCUCCUGCUGCCUCAGAACGUAGGGCUAUAUUGAAGCAUGAAAUUCAGAAGCGUUCCUUACAAUGUUCUGAUGACAUCUUGUUAGACGUAGCUUCCAAAUGUGAUGGCUAUGAUGCAUAUGAUCUGGAAAUACUGGUUGAUAGAUCUGUUCAUGCUGCCAUUGGUCGGUUUUUGCCUCCCCAUUCUGCGUUUGACAAGGACGAAAAGCCUAGGUUAGUCAGGGAAGAUUUUUCCCAGGCAAUGCGUGAAUUCCUUCCAGUUGCCAUGCGUGACAUGACAAAAUCCGCUUCCGAAGUUGGACGCUCUGGGUGGGAUGAUGUUGGUGGUCUGAUUGACAUUCAGAACACUAUUAAAGAGGCCUCUACCCGAACCGAGAGAGAGAGGGAAGCUCCAACUGAGACAUUGUCCGGCGUAUUUCUGGAGUAUAUACAUAUUUUCUUGUAACAAUUUUAUGUGCAAACCAAGCACUAGAAACCAUUUUUUAGCGCAUUUUCUAGAAUGCAACCAAACAACUGAAAAUAUUUUCCUUUCCAAAAAAUAUUUUCACCUGAAAAUAUUUUACACUCGGAAAACAUUUUACGUCGACCCAAACACAGCCUUAAUGGUAUCUGGUUUCCUAAAUUCCAUGAAAGCAGCUGUUUCAUAAAAUAUAGUGAAAUAUGUCUAGGGUAAACUCAUCUAGUUUGUAUUUAUCCACUUCAAGUCUAUUUUUCAUGAAUAUAUGCUUUCAUCAGUAGCAUGUGCUUUUGAACUAAGAAAUUUCAAUGUUCUUUUUCUUUUAGAGGCUUUUCUCAUAUGUAUGCAUUCGAUGUUUGUGCUUCAUUUCUAGAUUUCCUUUUUCCCCCUUUUUUUUUAUCACACCUCUUCUACGUACUGUGAUUCCAUUGCUUGUCUGUUGGUAGGCCGUUACAUUUAUAAAAUGAUCAUAAUCAUACAAUUUGGGUUCAUUUCUUAACACUUAAUAGCGAAUUUGCGAUUUACUUCAAUGAUUUCUCAAGGCCAUAAUUGAAUCAAUGUGAAUGAUUUUGUAAGAUCAUAAUUGAAUCAAUGUGAAAACUAAGGUUCUCUAAUCAGAUCAUGGUGUUUAGUGGUGGACAUGUAUUGAGAGGAAUUGCAUAUACUUGGAUGUUAUUGGGAUAAACAGCAAACUUAAAGCAUUGGAUACAGAUUUUGAGGCAAGAGCACACAAGAACGGCUUUUUUGAAAAUUUAAUAUAGCCUAGACUAUGGUGUCACCAGAAUGGCUGUAUAUUUAUAACCUUAGAGGGUGUAAUAGUUUAUAAUAUUUGAUAUAUAACUUCUGAUGGGAAGUAUGUGCAUUUGUAAUUGAAACCUUAUUUACAUAUUAAUAAGGUGAUGUUGGUCCUGUGGUAUCCCACGUAAUUCAGAGUGAUGACUCAUGUUUAAACCACCUCUGAUGGGGAAACUAAAUUUUUUCAAAAGAAGACAAACCCUUUCAACUAUUUGGUCAUAUCUGCAAGUUAAGAAGUCAAAUGCACAGUUUUUUUGCUGGAAUUUCUUUUCGAUUUGUAAGCCCAAGAAUUUGGGGUAGCAGAAGGAAUUAAUGACACCAUCUUAAAUUCACUCAAGUAGAAAUAUUUACCAACAUUUUAAAAUGAUUAUGCUUGCUGCUUCUGACUUUGUACUGCUUCCUACAUGCAAUGCGUUGAUGUUUACGCUUCAGAAUCAAGUAUGAAUGUAUGCAGGGGAUUGUGCUUACCUCCAGUCUAGGGGGGCAAAAAAAAGAUAUGUGGGGACAUGAAGUUUGGCUUCAGGAAAAAAUAUAGAAAAAUAUAUGAGAAUGUCAGCAUGUCAACUCUGUCAUAAGGAGACUAAACAUCGACUCCAAUAAUUACUCUGAAUUGCUUGGUCUCUUUCAUUAUUUCCUCUUAUUUUCCAGAAGAGAACCUUAUCUAAAUUUCUAUUGCUUUAUGGAACCAAAAUGGUUUAGAACUUCUCACCUAUCUGUUGGUUCAAUAAUAUUUUUAGCAGACCAUGAUAGGGGAAAGGAAAAAUCAAAUCAUUAGCCUAUAGAUAAUAACUGGUUUGUACUGGUGCUGUCUCUUACUUUCAUUCAAUUCUAUCAUGCAACUAUCAUUUUGCUUUUUUUGUUUUUCUUUUUUGUUUUUCUUUUCCUUUUUCAGUUCCAAUCCUUUGUUUUUACUGUAUGUUA